AGCAUCUUCAUUAUCUUUGCAGACACAUCAGCUCAGUGCCCUUCAGUUUUGAUCCCACUCGACUACUCAUCAUCCUCGAACCACAACAAGAUGGUCCGACUUACCAUCUUCGCGGUCAUCUUUGCCGCUGUCACUUCUGUUGCCGCUGACGGUUACUGCCAAUGCCUUUUCGCUGAUGGCUCCCACUGCUGCGUUGUUGAAUACGGCAUCAACAAGGCCUGCCAGGAGCGGUGCAGAGACAACGGAAAUUACAAGAAGAAGUGUAACGCUGGUGGCAAAUACUCGGACGUUAGCUCGUGGAACGCACAAUGGCGCACCAGCUGCACGGAAGGUGACAUUUAGGAGAUAGAACUAAGGAGCUCGCCAGGGUGCCUUGCACAGUUCCAUCUAAGUAGUUGUUUCUUUGCAUCAUGGCAAUCAAUGUUCCUUAUCUUAGUUUUCCUUAAUUCUUGAAAUACGAGGGCCUCGCUGUGAAACUCGCAUGUACACAGGUCACAUUUCCUCGAAGUUCUAAAUACAUAGCUGAGAGUCACGGCAGUCAAUGAAACCACCCUUUAUACCUU